AGAAUGUUUUAUUUAUGUGUAUACAAAGAGUUAUCUUGAUCGACGAGCUGGUAAAACAUAGGGGUUAGAAGGUCAAAUCGGCGUAAACCCUACACUUGAGCACGUAUCAUCAACUUACCUCGACCAGUGUGUGAUUGGAGGCGGACACAAGUAGACAUCGUGCUAUACGUCAAACUAUCGGAAACCGUUCGACGCUUGCGAAUGUGACUUUUAUAGCGAUGGAAGCGAUCAUGGUAAAAUUAAUCUGGCCUAGCAGAUCCUUCUUCAACUCUUUUAUUCCAUGUUUGUUAAUUUACACUAUCAUUCCCGAUGUAUCGAUUGCCUGUAAAGAAAUAACGCGAUAUUGGCGACCAAUGAAGGUGGACGUAAGGACAGAGUUAGCAAACAUUGUCGUAUCUGGGGUCGUGGUACGGACAUUCAAUAACCACGAAAAUUCAAAAAAGGCUUAUGCUGCUGAAGUUUACUUUGAUGAAAUUUACAAAGGAGUAAUCCCUAUAAAAAAUGCAACGCUGGUCAAUAAAGCACCACCGACAUACAGAGUGGAAAACUUUGGAGACGAACGAUAUUGUUUGUCUCCUGUGAUACCUGGGGGUCAUUACAUUUUCUUUCUUAAGGCAAUCGCCAGCCCUGGGGUAAGGCCACAAGAUGGUGGUAUAAGGCUUUAUGCAAGAUAUGACGAUCCUUCUGGAGCAGUUAUCGAUUUUGAUUACAACACGGAAGCUAAAGUUUUGAAAACUAUAGGGUGGCGAACUUGGAGUCAAUGGACGCCAUGUACGGCAGACUGUGAGGGCGGUGUUCGGAGUCGAAGGCGUAUCUGCGUUCUUGAUUUUGCAGAUGCUUGUGAAGGAAAAGCGUUACAAAUACAGGACUGCAAUAAAUUUGAAUGUGAAGGUAACAAAGAUCUCAUCGAAUUGCUGUCAAUCUCGACUUUACCACGCGGUGUCACCGCUCUUCCGUAUCGUCCAUCGGGUUACCGUAUUGACCGAAGCGCAAUACUUCGGAUGAAAACGUACGAUCUCUUCGGCAGCACGUUCCCGACUAGUUUGUCUAUCAUCAUGGAAAUCAGGCCUAGGCUUUCCAGUGACGGCCGGCUGUAUGUCCUCCAGAUGGUUGACUCAAGUGGAAUCCUGCAACUCGGCAUCAGGAUCGGGGACAAUCCUGCGCUGAUGUACAGCCAGAAGGUGGGACAGAUACGCAAAGAGAUCUCGCUCUCGUUCCCGGUCAACAUGCUCGAUCGAAGGUGGCACAAACUUGCUUUCAGUAUCAAAGGAUCUAACGUCGUGUUGCAUAGCGACUGUGCGUAUGUUUACAGCGGCGAAAUGGAGAUAGACACCCUGGCAAUCGAUCCUGAGGGGACAACGUCAGUUGGCUCGGCAACGUCCUCUAGUAGAGAUAUGUAUUACGAGGGGGAUAUUGAACAGCUGAUAAUAUCAAACGAUGCCAAUGCUGCGGCUCUUCACUGUCCUCGGGAUAAUCGAUCGAUCCCAUCUAUGUUCGAUAAAAUUAUCUAUCCACAAGUGAGUGACGAGGGUAACGGAGAGGAAUCUACGACGGUUCAACCAGUGCCUUCACUCACAACGAAGGCACUGCAAACCCGUUCUAAAACUGAGAAGGAAAGUAUUCCGAGAGCUACAUAUAAAGAAAAGACGUAUACUCAUAAGAACCCAGAAUUGAUAACUACAAAGCGACCAGCAAAUACAAGAUAUAUGCUGACGUCAUAUUUCAAACCCAAUAUAAAUAUUACUCCUAAGAAAAUCGUGGAGGUCCUUGAGGCAUAUGAGCCAACUGAAGCGCCGCCGACGCUGACAGCUGUAAGAGACACUGACGUAGCAGUGAUGGAAGAAGAGGAUAGCUCGAGCAACCUCUCAUUCGAUAACAUAUUUGAAGAUAAUCAGAAUAAAUUGGGGGACUUGUUUCCAAGUGACAUCACUGCAUCGCGUGGCCCGGCAAAUUUUAUAGGCUUUGACGCCAGGCGAGGGGAUAUAGCAGAUUUUGCCUCAGGAGAUGGUGAAGAAAAGGAAACUUUAGAAUGGAUGGAGUGGGGGGUUUGUACCCAGACUUGUGGUACCGGAGUCAAGCAGAGAUUAGCGCGUUGUCCACCUUACUCAAAACACGAACGCUGUGCAUUUGGGGUAACAAUGGCUCGAGAAGUAAAAAGAUGCAUACUUCCAGCCUGUAACGAGAAUUUUAGAUGGUCUUCAUGGACUUACUGCAGUAAAACAUGUGGCGGAGGUGAAAGCCAGCGUGUGGGAUUUUGUUACUCGAGUUCCACUAAUAGUGUGUGUCUUGAAAAUGGACCUGGAAGCGUUAUUGAACGUCAAACUUGCAACUCUCAAGCAUGUCCAGAUCCUUGUUAUCCUGGCUGUAAAAACGACGGCCGUUGUAAUUACCAUACCGGAACAUGUCUAUGUAACAUCGGAUUUUCUGGACAAUACUGCGAACAAAAUUUAUGUGACGAACCAUGCCGAUUCGGCGGAAGAUGCGUUGCUAAGAACCAUUGUUCUUGUCCAUACGGAUUUCUUCCACCGUUCUGUAGACCUGUCUGUGAUCCUCCGUGUUACAACGACGGUGAAUGUGUUUAUAAGGACCAGUGUUCUUGCAAGCAAGGAUGGAAGGGCCCAAAUUGUUUAACACCAAUCUGUAAAGAUUAUUGUCUAAAUGGUGGUAGAUGCGUCGGACCUGAUCACUGUACAUGUAGAUCCGGCUACACUGGAGAUAACUGUGAAACUCCCAUCUGUCGGCCAGCAUGUGAAAAUGGAGGUGAAUGCGUUUCCCCGUAUUUCUGUAAAUGCAAACCAGGAACGAAAGGACAGCGUUGCCACAUUACAUAUUGUGAACGAUUUUGUCGAAAUGGUGGGAAAUGCAUCGGUGCAAACAAAUGCAGUUGUCCAAGGGGUUACAGUGGACAAUUUUGCCAUAUUCAAAUGUCAAUACAACCGGCUCCUGCGCUAUCUGCUACAAAUCAGCAAGCUUCUUCGAAUAGGAGAGUAGGAUAUACGGGACUGACUGGUAGAAGUCGGUAUUACCAAGCAAGGGGGCGCACUGCUCCUUGUCGCUAUGAAAGCUACGUAAUGUCAUUUCAGAGGGGUUAUGCUCAUAAGGUACAGCGGACCUUCGAAGAGGAUUGUGGGCCGUGGACAACUAGAAAAUGCACGCGCACAAAAUUUGUAUACGAAUAUGUAUAUAAGCAGUUUUAUCGAACAGCAUACCGGUGUAUACAACCUUCUUGAUGUUUCCCUGAGGGCGUUCUGUAAUAAAAUGUCCAUCAUACUGGUGUCAGGAGUCAGUGUGAAAAUGACACCAAGACGUUGCUCUGGUGUGACGCAUAUUAUAUCAAUUCAAGUGUAAUGCAAUAAUGUUAUGGUUAUACGUUGACCUAAUCAUAAAGUGCCAUUAUUUUUAUCGCUAUUGUUUUUUGUUUUUUUUUAUGAAAGUUUAAAUAAUUCUACUAUCAUCCUUGCCUUCGUUUUGUAUUAUUCAGUAGCGUUACUUCGUUGAUACAUUGCUAGUAGCCACAGGCUUAAUUUCGAAAUUAUGUGAAUGAAAUACAUUCACAUCGACGAGAAUGAUGCCAUAAAAACUAGGGCAGAACAUGUUAAUGUAUUUAGGCCUAUCUACACUAUAGAAUGAUAUUGGUGGUGGGCCUAUAUGGUUCUCAAGCAAUUUAUACAGUUCACUCUCCAAUUCGAGAUUAUUUUGGGACCUGAAAAUUUGGGGUGGUCUCGGGGUUGGUCCCCAAUUAGAGGGCUAGAUUUGUGUUAAAAGGUUGAAGAUUGUUAUUUGGGUCUUUGGAAAAGUGGUCCCGAAUUAGAGGGGUCGCGAAUUGGAGGGUGUGCGUAUUAGGCCUAUUUGAUAAAAUAUACUGGUAGGGUUAUU